GCGAGGCACAUAGUCAUAUGAUCAGCGCGGAAGCUUGUGGUUAACUUUUACAACCCGUGUAAACGAAUAUGUUUUAUUGUUCUUAUGAAAGUUCGUUGUAGCAAUUUGUAUUGUCAGCGUCGUCUGGGGACGACUAUUUUUGAUCGAUUCCAUCGCAUGGCACAUUAGAACCACUUCUUUCCCGAGUUCAUCUUUUAAAACAUGGGGAUAAGGCAGAGUAAACUGCUAACGUUACUGUUGCUUUGUACGCACCUUUCAGCUUUCGGAGGCCGAUACACACCAGACUGGAAGAGCCUAGACGCCAGACCGCUUCCAGAUUGGUACGACGAGGCCAAGUUCGGGAUUUUUAUUCAUUGGGGUGCAUUUUCUGUGCCCGCGUUCGGUAGUGAGUGGUUCUGGUGGAACUGGCAGGGAGCGAAGAAUCCAGCUUAUCUUCUCUUUAUGGCUAAGAACUAUCCUCCUGGGUUUACCUAUGCAGAGUUUGCGCCUCAAUUUAAUGCUCAGUUCUUCGAUCCAAAUGAAUGGGCUGAAAUCUUGGAAGCUUCAGGAGCAAAGUAUGUUGUUCUUACUUCAAAACAUCAUGAAGGAUUCACUAACUGGGGAUCUCCAACUUCAUGGAAUUGGAAUUCUGUUGAUAACGGACCUCACAGAGACAUCGUCGGGGAAUUGGCAAUGGCCGUUCGGAAAAAAAGAUCUCUGCACUAUGGACUCUACCACUCCUUGUAUGAAUGGUUCAAUCCUCUCUACCUAAAUGACAAGAAAUCUGGCUUCAAGACCCAAGGCUUUGUUUAUUACAAAGUGAUGCCAGAACUGUAUGACCUGGUCACACGGUACAAGCCAGAACUGAUAUGGUCAGAUGGGGAUUGGGAAGCCCCGGACACUUACUGGAACUCCACAGAAUUCUUAGCUUGGCUCUACAAUGACAGUCCAGUGAAGGAUACAGUUGUGGUCAAUGAUAGAUGGGGAGCUGGGUGCUACUGUAAACAUGGUGGUUAUUACAACUGUGCGGACAAAUAUACUCCAUCGGAGUUGCCCAAUCACAAAUGGGAGAAAUGUAAUUCAGUGGACACCCUCUCCUGGGGUUACCGUAGGAACAUGAGACUCAGUGACUUGAUGGAUUUACCCACCAUUAUAAAGGACUUUGUCAACACAGUGGCUUUUGGGGGAAACUAUCUUCUGAAUAUUGGGCCUACAGCAGAUGGAAUGAUUCCAGAUGUGUUUGAGGAACGUCUCAGAGAGAUUGGUGCCUGGUUGAAGGUAAACGGAGAGGCCAUCUAUGCCACUAAACCAUGGAGGGUUCAGAUUGAGAAUGGUACUGUGCCAGUAUGGUACACUUCCAAAAACACUACUGUGUAUGCCAUCUUUCUCUCAAAUCCAAUGCAGGACUCAUUCCAGCUCUUUUCUCCCAUAACAUCUGAGAAAACUGUGGUGACCCUGUUGGGGAGUCCUCAGGCUCUAAAGUGGACUCCUCUGCAUUCAUCUGGACUCACUGUGCUUCUACCAGACCUGCCUGUCACUCCUGCAGGAGCCUGGUCCCUUAAACUGGAUGGAGUGGCUUAACAGUGGAAAUGUCUGAUGUGAAGACCCUACUGAGGUUUUUAGAUAUUCAUGAAGAUUUUAGGUAAUUUUAAAGAGAAUCCAACCUGUUGAUUUUAUCUGAUAUUUUCUCCACAAAACCUGCCACCAAUUGCAAAGGCACUUUGAAUCUAUAUACUUUCAAUCUAAAGACAUGUCAAUUUGCAAAUACCUCAACCAUGGUGGGGACAGGCUCCUCAGAUCCAGUCUUGCACCCAUCACUGAGCCAUUGUCCCUGCCCUGUCCCAGUGAUCAGAUGAAGCAGUUUGUAGAUGUGCUGCUUCACCAAGGAGCCAACCCUAACCGUGAGGAGCUUGUGCCUCACCUUGCUCAUAGUUUGGGGAACAGUGGAAUGGCAGGCCAGGUAGAAGAGGGCUUCAGGCACAGAGGCUCCUGCAGUAUGGAGCUACAAAGCGAAUGGGAUAUGGUGGAUGCAGGUGAGGGACAUUGCACAAUUUUGUCACUGCAAUUAAAACUUGUUCACUGACGAAGUUGAGAAAAAGAUGUAAUCAUGUUUACAUGAUUGUUCUUGAAAAACGUGUUUAACUGGAAGAUUUUUUUCAUCGGGAUAAAGAUGUCUGUGAGCGAGGAGUUUAAUACAAUUUAGUAUGUUAUGUAACAUUUACAGCUUUGCUUUAUAAGUACAGUGAUUGUUUCCCUUGGAUUCUUUACAUUUUAAUAAAUUUUCAUAAGUCUUGCAGUU